AUGGCGUCAACAAUGGAUAUCCGGCGCGCUUUAUGUCCAAUACGAAGAUUGAGAAACAUCGUAUCUUCAUUUGCAUUUGGGGGACUGCUGGAUGAAUCCUUCCGACUGGAUGUCGAUUUCUUCUCCAGUGUGGGAUAUGUAAAAAUGUUUAGCGGACAGAUUGCUGCAUGGCUGGAUGGCUGGGCGAGUUUGAAUCCCAGCAUACAUCCCAAGCUCAUUGAGCUCCAUGAUUGUGCUUCGUUCGAAAGAUUCGUCAAGAAGAAUUGA